AUGGAAACACCUGAGAAUGUAAUCUACUAUGUGUAUUGGUUCCUUGUGUUUUUUUAAAUGAAAAUUAGGUUUUAUAAUAUAAAGGAAUCAAAACCUUAAUCAUUAUCAAAACCUUUAAAAUAAAUUCCUGAUGCUCCUCCAACAUUUUAAGCCAAAUCGUAGGAGAUUAUUAAAUAAUAGGAUGAUGAACAAUCCAAAGCAAUGUCCUCUUCAGAUAUAAAGCCAUUUUAAUUGAAUAGUAAUAAUUUAAAUGAGGAUGACAUUAUCAUGACAAAUAUGUACUAUUGAGUACAAAAAAAAUAAAAGGUCGUGGCUUUCAAAUCAAUCAGUGUUGAUCUAUAAUGGCGAUCUUAGUAUCAUCUACCAAACGUUUUAUUUGGGCAAACUUUAAAAGAACAAUGGAGAUAAGCUUGAUUGUGAAUUACUGUUCUUAGAAUCCACUAUUAUAAUUGGAUGCAAAGAAAUUAAUGAAUUGUUAGGCUAAUCUGGAUACAGUGAUUCUAUUUUUAGUGAGUAAAAUGUCUUACUAAAAUUAGUGGGUCAUUUCUAUGUAAUAAUAUCAAUGAAGUUCAUAAAUGUAAAAUAAAAGGUCAGUUCACUAUUAGAGAUUUGAUUUCAAGUUUGUUCAAAGAUUUUGAAAAGUAAUUCUAUUUAAUUAAUCUAGAUGGAGAUUCUUCACUUUAACAAUUUUUAAAGUGAAGAAUGACUUUUUGGAUUUAGAUGGCAUUCAAAUCAAACUCUUUAUAACCAUUAUAAAUGGACAUAAGUUUAUACUUUUUAAUCUUGAAUAGGCUCCAAUAUUACCCAAAAUUUAUAAUUAAGAUUCAAAUUCAAUACUUUAAAACAUUUACACAACCUAUUCCCAUGAUUGUAUUAAUUACGUUAAUUGUAUUCUCACUUAUAUUUUAUUGCUUACUCAUCAUAAUGAUUCUUAAAUGAUUGAAGGUAGCAAUAAAACAACUAAAGUAAAAAAUUUCACUCUAAUCAUUAGUCUUUAACUCCUAAAGCAAAAGAAGAAUAUGUGGCUAAUACUUUAUUAACUAUGAGAUUUUAAACCUAAAGAUUUACAUUAUUUCUGUAUUCUAUGAGGGAUUAUAUAUUCUAUUUCUAAAAUGAAUUAUUCUUCAAAAUGAAUGCAAUUCGAAUUGAAGAUUUGUUAGAUGAUUUGCUCGAGACAUUCGAUCCUUUAUUAAAAAUGAAGCAAAUUAAAUUAACUACAAACAUAGAAUUGUAGGAUGGCAAUACAAUUAUUUUUAGUGAUCAAGAUAGAGUAAUUUUUCUUAAUGAUUUUAAUUAGAUUAAGCAAAUCAUUUCGUGUUUGUUGCAUUAUUGUUUGUAAUCUUCCUCAAAGAGUUCAAUCAAAUUUGAUAUCAAAAGUUACACAUUAUAAGGAAUUAUGAUAACUAUUAAAGAUACUUAAUCUGAUUUUGAUGAAAUUGCUAAACAAAAGAUUAUGAAUCUAACUAAAUAAUUAAAUCAGUAAUUAAGAAGUCAAAAAUCUGUAAAUGAUUUAGAUUUAUCUAACCCAUUAGAGUUAUAAAUGUGUAUAAUACUUUGCUGGCAAUUGUCUGGGUCUUUUAAAAGAGGAUUAGAAUUUUUGAUUGACAGCUAAGGAUUUUGUACAUUUACUUUUGUUAUUGAAUCUCAAAAUACUUAAAUGAGAUAUCCAUAAUCAGACUCUGGGCCUAUUAAAGUGCUUGGUAAAAAAAAAUAUUUUGAAACUUCAUUAUCACUUCUUUUAUAAGACAAUAUCAAUUAAGGUGGUGGAGGAGGAGAGUCGAGAGUCUUAUCAUUUACUUAAUUAUCAAAAUAAUUUUCUAUAAAACCAACAGACCCUAUAGAUUUAUAAAGUGCUUAUUUUUCUCAACUCUCAAAAAUCAAGCAAGACACCUAAAACUCAAGAGUAAUUCCAAAUAGUGGCACAAUACACAAAUAAUCUCGAGAACAAAGUGGGAGUUUUUCUGGAACUUAUAGACAAGGAAUUCAAUAAGAUAGCAUAUAAUAAAUUACAAAAUUGCUUAAUAGAAAUAAUUUAAGUGUUGUAGGUAAAAUAGACUCUCCUAAUGAAUCACAAAGAACUUUUACAGCAAUUGAUUUUGGUGCAGCUGAAUAAACGAUCAAUUAAAUAUCACUACCUGAUUUCAAUCCGAAAUUGCUUACUUAAGUUAUUAAAUAUCGACUUCGGAAUAAUUGUUGUUCCAAAGUAUUGAUACUUGAUAAUGACAGCUUUUAGAUUAUAGUUUUAGAGAAAGUACUCAAGAAAUACGAUAUAAAAUGUGAUUAUGGAUUCUCUGGUUCUGAAGGAUUAGAGAUUAUCGACAUAAAAAAAGGUCGUCCGUGUCAUUGUGGUAAUCGCUAUUACUUACUGUACUUUAUCGACAUCAACCUUCCUGUAAUUAUUUUGAGAUAAAUUUAGGGUUUAAGCGGGAUUGACUUUGUCAAGCGUAUCAAAUUUAAUAUGCAGCAAGGAAAUUUAGAUAAAGGUUUCGCUAUUGCCACAGCUACUAUUGCAGGUUUAAACUCUAAAUUAGAUUGCUUUAGAAAUGGAAUGGAUUAUUUCAUAUCAAAACCAUUUGAUUUGAUAGAGAUAAGUGCUGCUGUCCAAUAUCUUGAUUUUUGAAUAAGUUUGUAUGAUAGG